AUGACGCUGAAGGCCCGCUCUGAAUUCCUGGGGGUAGACAGGAAGGGGGCCGGGGAGAGAGACAGAGAAGUGAAUAACCUGAACAGCAAGCUCUUGAGCCUGCAGCUCGACAUCAAGAAUCUCCAUGACGUCUGCAAGAGACAGGGGAAGACCUUGCAAGAGAACCAGCUGUGUGUAGAGGAGGCCCUGAUGAACACGAGCCACAAGAAGAAGCAAGCCCAGACGCUAGUCUUCAAGGAGACCCAUGUGGACUUCGGUGCCAAUAAGCAGUGUCACCUGAGGCAGCUGCAGCAGCUGAAGAAGAAGCUGCUGGCCCUGCAGCAGGAGCUGGAGUUCCGCACCCAGGAGCUGCAGACCUCCUAUUGCUCGCUGCUGCAGUACCAGUCCAUCCUGGAGAAGCAGACCUCCGACCUGGUUCUUCUUCACCAUCACUGCAAGCUCAAGGAAGAUGAGGUCAUUCUCUAUGAGGAGGAAAUGGGGAACCAUAAUAAGAACACCGGGGAGAAGCUCCAUCUGGCGCAAGAGCAGCUCGCCUUGGCGGGGGACAAGAUUAUCUCCCUAGAACGGAGCCUAAACCUCUACAGGGACAAGUACCAGACCUCCCUGAGCAACAUCGAGCUGCUGGAAUGUCAAGUGAAGAUGCUGGAGGGGGAACUCAGUGGAAUCAUUGGCCAGGAGCCUGAGAACAAGGGCGACCACUCAAAGGUGCGCAUCUACACUUCCCCGUGCAUGAUUCAAGAGCAUCAGGAGACCCUAAAGCGACUGUCUGAAGUUUGGCAAAAGGUUUCUGAGCAGGAUGACCUCAUCCAGGAGCUUCGGAAUAAACUGGCCUGCAGCAACGCUUUGGUUCUAGAGCGUGAGGAGGCUUUGAUAAAAUUACAAGCUGACUUCGCUUCCUACACAGCCACCCACAGGCAUCCCCCUACCUCCUCAGAAGACUGCGAGGACAUCAAAAAGAUCCUGAAGCACCUGCAGGAACAGAAAGACAGCCAGUGUCUGCACGUGGAGGAGUACCAGAACCUUGUCAAGGACCUGCGCAUGGAGCUGGAAGCCGUGUCAGAGCAGAAGAAGAACAUCAUGAAGGACAUGAUGAAGCUGGAGCUGGAGCUACACGGGCUGCGGGAGGAGGCAUCAGCCCACAUCGAGAGGAAGGACAAGGAGACUGCCAUCCUGCAGCACCGGAUGCAGGACCUGCAGCAGCAGUAUACAGAGACACAGAAGCUGGCCCUGAAGAAGGACAAGUUGCUCCAGGACAAGGACGAGAGGCUGCAUGAGCUGGAGAAGAAACUGGCACAGAUGCAGAACACCUUCAUGGAGAAAGAGGCGGAGCUGGAGAAGCUGCAGCGCGCAACGAAAGACCUCGAGGCAAAUCUGCAUGAGGCCAGGCAGGGCACAUCCAAAGUGGAUUGUGAGGCCCUGCGGUCCGAGGUCCAGAAACUGAAGGACACUCUGGAGGAGACCAAAGAGCAAGCAAAGCUGGCAGAUCAGAACCUCGCCCAGUGUAAGGAGGAGGCACAGCAGGCUGGUAGCAACCUAGAGGACGCUCACCGGAAAAUCGAGAACUGCCUUCUCCUGGACAAGAAGAAGGCGGACGUCAUCAAGGAUCUGCAGGGUCAGCUGCAGAAGCUGCAAGAGGAGGCUGAAGCAGCUGAAAAGGAGAGAGUAGGCAACAGGAAACGGAUAGAGGAGCUGACCUCGGAACUCUAUGAGAGCCAGCGGCGGCUGACGAAUUCCGACAAUGAGAAGAUGCUGCUCAAGAAGACGCUAAACGAGAGCGAACAAAGGAUAAACGACUUGCUGGGGGCCGCCAAAAUCGCUGAGCAAAAGCAAAGAGAGCUAACAAACACCAAAAACAAGCUGGAAGAGGAACUUCAGGAGAUAAAAGGGUUGCUGGAGGAGAAACGGGAACAACUGAAAAGGAGCAAGGAACAGGAAAAGGCCCUGGAGGGAGAAAUUGAGGCUCUGCGACAGGAAGCAAAAAAGAAAGAAAAGAUGGCCAAAGAGCAGGUGAGGAAGCUGGAGGAAGAGAAGGAGAAUCUGCAGACGGAGCUCAGUUCCUGUUCCUCACACCUGGAGUCCACCAUCAACAAAUACAACAACUCCCAGAAAGUCAUCCAGGAGCUCAACGUAGAGAUAGCCCGCCAGAAAGACUCCAUCAUGAUUCUGCAGACACAGCUGGACGCAGCCAUCCAGAAAGAGAAGAACUACCUCCAGAACAUGGUCAGCAAAGAAACCUACGAAGAGGUUUUGCGGAAGUCGGGUGUCUGCCAAGACGACCUGACACAAGCCCUGGAGAAGCUCACUCAAGCGACCUCCGAGACAAAGAGCCUGCAGCGCAACUUGCAACAGGCCCAAGAGAGGAAGGCACAGCUGGAAGAUGAAAUCAUGGCUUAUGAGGAAAGGAUGAAAAAGCUCAACGUGGAGUUAAAAAAGCUACAGGGCUUCCACCAGCAGAGUGAGCUAGAGGUAAACACCUUUGAUAAGAAACUGGAAGAGAUGAGCAACCAGGUGUUGCAGUGGCAGAAGCAGCAUCAGAGUGACCUCAAAAUGCUGGCCGCUAAGGAGACGCAGCUCCGGGAAUUCCAGGAAGAAAUGGCCACCCUGAAAGAGAACCUCCUUGCGGAUGAGAAGGAGCCAUGCUGCCUGCCCCCGAGGACAAUCAAAGACGCCUGCAGGCUCCACUGGGACAAUGACCAGAUUAUGUGCAACAUGGAGCAGUGGGCAAAGGAGCAGAAGAUUGCCAAUGAGAAACUGGGGAACAAGCUACGAGAACAGGUGAAAUACAUCGCCAAGCUGACCGGAGAAAAGGACCAGCUCCACAAUGUAAUGGUCCACCUGCAGCAGGAAAACAAAAAGCUGAAGAAUGAAAUAGAAGAGAAGAAGUUAAAGACCGGAAAUGCGAGGAUCUGUGCCAAAGCCCUCGGCCCCUGCAAACUGGAACCCUCCCAAAAGGGGAAAAUUUGCAACCCACUGGGCUGGAGAGGAAUAGCCCAGGACGUGACGCCGAAAACGGACAUCACCAAGUACAUCGGGGCGCCCCACUGCUCAGGUACGUGUGCCCCUUGCUUUCUGCUGCUGUGAUGUCUCCUUUGACCCCUAAACCAAAACAGCAAUAUUGUGACAUCAUUCUCCAAAGAUACACUGGAUUAGAAUUCAUGCAGGAAAAAUAUUACUAGAGACCUUCGUUCACAGUGACCAUUCCUUCCACACCUGUAGAUGAAGGAGACAAAUUACCAUCCCUCAGAUCUGAGAAUUUUGGUGAUACCCCAGUACCUCACAUCACAGAUCUGUCUCCUCCUGACUCAGUCCCAUUGCGGGGUGAAAGGAAAAGAGGGAGGGAGAAAUAGACUUCUUCCUUCUAGACACCCCACAGACUGAGUAUCCCAGCCCUCCACUCAGUCCAGACCUAUGCCUACUGUUCCUACCACCUCUUUAUUCCACAAAACCUCAGAAGGGGGCUGUCACCCUACAACAGAGCUAUCUGGCCAUGACACUGGUCCAGCCAUGAUGUUGGUCCUCAAGAAGUCACUUGUUCGUUUCUCCUCAAACUAAAGCUUUCGUUUCUUCCCUGUUCCCCCAGGCUCCUCCUACUGCUAGACUGGGCUACUCGCCCUCAGCCCCAUCCCUACACAUUUGCAGAGGACAUCGAGUUCCUGCCCCUCCUUCUUGACCAGUAUCAGCUCCUACAGUCAUCCAUCGAAGCCCCUGUAUGGUUUACAAGACAUUAUUAUUGCUUUACUGAGUUUGUCUACUUCCUGCAGUGGAGUGAGUUCGGAUACCCCACUCCCACCUCCAGGCCCAGACUCUGAAAUAAAGACCCAGACCACACAACUUCCAUGAGCUCCUGGUGUCUCUGCACAGCCCAUCCCCAGCAACCUGCUUGUGCCUGUGUUCACCAGAUGCCUAAACGUUCUGGUCCCUUCACUUCUGUAGGAGAAAGGGUUGCAAAGCCAGCCUUUGGGUUACUUGGACUAGGUUUUUAAACCAACAAGAAGGAAUUAGCCCCCCACUUUAAUGUCUGUCUGGAAUUAAAAAAAAAAAUCUAGAAACCUUUUAUUUCCCCCAAAAAGGAAAGCAAUGCUAGGACCCAAAAGAAAGUGCGAGAAAUAAGUGAUGUGUUUUUCCAAGUGGGGAAGGGCGGGCACACCAUCUGCUUCCUCCUGGCUGCCAUAUUACAUUCCUCCUUUUAACAAGUUUACUUUUCUCCCUAGCCAGAGCAAUACAAGGAAAAUUCCAUUAUAACAAACUCCAAGGACAGCUAAACCACUUUAUUGUGGUAGGAUUUUGUUAAGCGGAGCACAUGUCUGGAAUUUAUAUUUCAGUCUAUAGGAAAUAGAGACAAAUAGGUACCAGGGUAAAAUAAGAGGAAGACAGGGAAGAGCUUGCCCUUCUGAGAAGGUGGGAAGAGGGAAGAGGCACACUGGCAGGCAGUGGCUCUCAGAUACUCUUGCCUCCCUCUCGGCCAAACCAAGGCCAAGAAAACGCACUACUCAGGCCUCGCCGGGAUGCAGGAGGGUUAAACUCCUGUGUGCAGAGAGAAACGGGUAUUGAAAAGCUCUGGAAACAUCUCUUGUGGUGUUUGAUGUCCAUCUGCUAAAGGUCUUCUGACUUUGUCCCCAACUUGGGGCUUAGAAUAGCUUGGUAUCAGCUGGGCAGUGGUGGCGCACGCCUUUAAUCCCAGCACUGAGUAGGCAGAGGCAGGCAGAUCUCUGUGAAAAACCAAAAAAAAAAAAAAAAAAGAAAAGAAAAAAGAAUAGCUUGAUAUCAGGUUGGUAACACGUGAAAGUCCACAGUCCAGUCUACUAAAAAGAUGGGCCUAUCUCCAUAUUUCAAGAAGGGAGUUCAUAUACGUCAGUCAAAAUUGCAACCUCUGGAUACUGUGAAUGUCGCAUAGUUACUCAAAGCCGUCUCUCACUCUCUGCGGGGGUGAUUAUAUCAGAUCAAAUCAGGGGAGCAUUGUGGGAAGCAAGGAGACGGAAACAUUUUUACUAUUGUACCCAGUCACCUUGCUGUGAAAGCUCAGGCAGGCGGAAGAUCUGUCUAGGCAGAGAGAAGAGACUUAGAGAAUGCCGGAGAAAGACAGGGCCGCUAAAUGUUCCUUAAGAAAUAACCAACGAAGUCAGUCUCUACAAAACCACUUAGGAUCUGCUACGGAAAAGAAAUGGUUGCGGAAAUAGAUUUUGUAAACCCACAGCUUGGCGGUCAAAGCUAAGGGUUUUCUCUGAGAUUGAGAACAAGGAUGCCCACUUGUGCCUCUUGUAUUUAACACAGUUCUAGUAACUGGAGCCAGAGUGCUUAGAUGGGAAAAAGAAAUAAGAUACCCAGAUUAGAGCGGGGAGCUGGCAGGAAGGCUCAGCAGGUGUAGCAGUUCAAAUAAAAAUGUCCCCCAUGGGCCCAGAUAUUUGAACAAUCUGUCCCUGGUUGCUGGCACUGUCUGGAGAAGUCUACGAAGUGCCGCCUUGCUGGAGAAAGUGUGUCACUUGGGGUGGGCUCUGAGAAUUAAUAACCUUAUCCCACUUCCUGCUUGUUCUACUUCCUGCUUACAUUUAAAGACAUGACCUCAACUUCCUGCUCCCGCCACCAUGCCUACCACGUGCUGCUAUACUUCCGCCUAUGACGGUCUCCGAUCCCUCAAACAAACUCUUCUUGACGUUGCCUUGGUAAAUGGUAUUUUAGUCACAGCAACCGAACAGCAACUUACAGAGCAGGUUACAGUGCUUGCUGAGCAAACCUGGAUACCUGAAUUCCAUUCCUGGAUGUGGUGGCAGCCACAUGGAAUCCCAGCAUGCCUACAGCAUGAUCGAAGGCAGACAAAGGCUCACCAGGAAGCUCAGGGACCAGCCUGGAACACACAGCAUGGCAGGACAAGAGAGACCCUGCCUCAGUAAGGGAAAUGG